GUCCACCGUCAUCUGCUGAUGCGCGAGGAUACGUCAGACAAAAGAGACGAAAAUCAAGUCAGAAAAUUUUGUUUUCCCCAUUUGCGUGCUGUUGUUGCAGAGGAGCGCAUUCUAGAGGACCGCGGGAUUGUUGCUGUUUAUGUUUAGUGCACCAAUAACAGGAUUAUAAUGGUCACACAAAGUGACACUCACGACAAGGAUAUCAUCGACCAGUAGUUCCGUCUCUUACAACAAGACAUCCUUGCUUGUGGGGGAGGCCUCUCGCAGCAUCGUUGGACGUUCGUUGUGGAAUUCUCAGCCUGAACUGGUGGAAACGUUCAACGCCGGGUCCCGAAAUCCACCUAGGGGUCAAUGUUUAAUAUGUUGCCAAUUUACGACGAAUCGGAAGAAUUUCUCCACAGUUGGACGUUUGGAUUCUUGGCACUGAUUGUGGUGUAUUUUGCGUGGCGUUCGACGUAUGUCCGGGAGGAUCGUCCCACCUCGCAGGCCGCCGUUCUAGUCAUCGAAAACAACCUGAGACGGCUGAACCGAAUCACUCAACAACCGGUUACCAUCAAUAUUCUUCGAAGCUCAUCACAACAAUCCAACAUCUCCAACGUUACGGAAACGGAAGAGUUGGACCUGGACAACGAUAGCAUUGCCUCGUCGAUCGACAACAUCACACAAUCCAUCCUAACGGAGGCAUCCGAAUCGGCCACCGGUCUCGAUAUCAGCGAUUCCGAAACAACCUAUCCCAGCACAUCGGCUGUUGUCAGCGGCGGUGCUAGUGGCGUCGGCAGCGGUCGUGGUGGACGCAGCAGCUUGGAUGAGGUGGACUUAGGUCCCGAGGAAAUCAUACGACAAAUGGAUCGCGACUUGGACGAUGUGCCGGCGUCGACGUCCAGCGAACAUGCUGACGGUUUACGAAACCGUACCGGAGGGCAGACUACGGGGGCGCCGAAGGAGGGUUCGGAUGGAUUGAAUUCGGCGGGUAGCGAAACGGCCAAACCAAGGGAGCAGCCCCCGUCGAAGCAGAUCAGGAUCAAGUUGAAGUAUCUGAACGACGAUUCCAAACUGGUGGAGGGAAACCUCAACGAGGGAAUUGGAGAUUUCAAAAAGCGUAACUUCUCAAUCGAACUGGCUGCCAAGAAGUUGGUCCGACUGGUGUUCAACGGGCACGUGCUGCAACCCGAUAGCAAGACCCUAGCGGCGUGCGGAUUGUUCGACAACUGUGUCGUGCACUGUCUGAUCCACAAUCCUAAACCGCAGAUGGGAGGACCAGCGGGAGACGGCACCGCUGGUUCAGCGCUGGGAGACAACGGAGCAACCGACGGCGGCGGUGUUGGUGGUGAAUACGGCACCGGAGUGGGCGUUGCCGGAGGAGGCACCGGACAUGAUAACUCCGCCCGUUACGGGACCUAUUUCAUCUACAUCGGGACGCUGUUGUUUUCGGUGGCGAUUGCCUACUGUUGGUACUGUCGGUUCCACUACGGGCAUUUGUUCAAUCUGAACUCGACCAUCGGGUUGAUUGUGACCACUACCAUAUUCCUGAUCAUGAUGCCGACGAUCAUCCUGACCGAUAGCAACAGUGCGAACUAGAAUUAGUUGUGAUCGAUUUUCAUUUGCGGUAAGUUAAUCUAAGGUCCAGGUGAGAAAACUUCUGGACGGAAACAUUUAUUUUUCGUUGGUUAUAAUAAAUUAUCUCAUAGUGAGUUGUUAGUCCGGAAUAUGAUGGCCCGGCGUGUACAUAAUCCCAAAACAGUGAUCGUUUUGUAUCUAUUGCUGCAUUAAAUAGAGACACAUGCAAUGAACUCCCUUAAAA